AUGGAUAUUAACACUUUAUGUCAAAAUCUAUCCCUCUCAGAUGAGGAAGAUGAGUUUGUCUGUUGUGAUUUGGGAGACAAAGCAAGACUGGUGGGAGAACAGAAGGUUGCAAACUCGCUCAUAGACAAAGUACUCUCUACGAAGAAGGUGAAUAGAGAGGGCUUUAUUGGGGCAAUUAAUUUUAUGUGGAGGACUAAGGCACCGUGGACAGUGGAAACGGUAGGAGACAAUAUAUUUGUGUUCCAUUUCGGAGCACAGGAAGACAGAAGAAGGGUCAUUGCAGGAGGUCCAUGGAAAUUUCAGGAACUUCUUAUAGUACUGGAAAUACCAGAAGGGUUGGGAGAUCACUCUAAUAUGAAGUUUGACAAAGUUCCCUUUUGGAUUCAGAUUCAUAAUUUACCUUUGAUGUGUCUGAAUUCAGAAGCGGGGCUAUCUCUAGGAUCGCAAAUUGGUGUAGUAGAGAAGGUGGAUCCUGGAGCAACAGGAGACUGUAUUGGAAAAUAUUUGAGAGUAAGGGUUAAGGUAGAUAUCUCUAAGCCAUUAAAACGAGGCUUAAAGGUGAAAGUUCAGGAAGGUGUUGUGGUGAUUGCAGGAUUGAGGUAUGAACGUCUACCUGAUCUGUGUUAUAAUUGUGGGAUCCUUGGCCACCCAAUUCUUGAAUGUGGGGUGAAAAUGAAGGGGGAUGGAGCCUGUCACAAAUAUAGCGAGUGA